GAAGCGCAAAAAUGAAAACAAAAACGCGCGUUGUGCGAGUAGCCUUUUGGUUCUUAUCAACAAAGACAAAUAAUAAUUUUAGUCUGUUGUCAUCGCUAUAGUAUAUAAUGCACAAGUCAUCUACUUCUUUAUUCUAUUUUGAAUGUAAUAGCACCGAAAGAAUAAAUUACACAAGGCCACUUAAAACGCCAAUGGUUUUCAAAAGUUUGAAAACUCUAGAGGCAAACUCACGGAAACGACUGAAAAGGCAGAAGAUCACCAGAGGUUUCGAAGAGCUUGCCGAAAAACAGUUCUGUCCGCUCAAUGUCACCAUCAAAAAGAUGUGCAAAGCUACGAACACGUGGAAAAGUAAAACAUCUAAAAGCAAAGCUUCAUUAAUUUCUGCACACUUUGAGUUUCCUGAGGAUCUAGAGGACUUCUUCAAUAGUGGCUGCCAUAAAAGGGAAGAUCAAAAUGUACCUGUGAAUGAAUACCAAGACAAAAACUUCCACACAGAAAAUUGUGAAAAUGAACAGAACCUGCAUAGUUCAGAUGAAAGAAAACAAGGCACAAACAAUCCAACCAUUCACAGGGCUGGGAGAUUGCUCUUUUCUGCAAUGGGCAACAUUACUACAAGUCAAGUACAAAAGCGCAUCUGUGUUCCUGAAACACCCUUGAUACCCAAAACAAGCUUGGAUGGGAAGAGUAUCUUAAAUUUACCAGAAACACCAUGUGUUAACAGGUCACCAUCUAUUGUGACAAGGAAACAGGAUGGGAGCAUUUUGAUGGUACAAGAGACACCAUUGUUCCAAGCAAACUUGUCCCAGCCUGACAACACUGUUUUGGCAUCCAAAAAAAGUGGUGAAAGAAAGGGCAUUAGGAAGGUGCCUGAAACGCCUCUUCAAAUGGGCCUGCGUGAAGCCAAAAAACUGAACCAAAAGUGCUUCGUGACAUCAACUAACCAAGAGGUCAGAAUGGUCCCAGAGACUCCUCUUUUGAAUGCUCAAGGGUUUCCACCCGAUCUGCCAGGAGUUCAAGAAGUCAAGGCACCUGUCAUGCAGUAUGAAAAGUUUUCACCUAUAUAUGAAAAACUACAAAUGGAAGACCCUGAGAAUCCACUUCCUUUCUCUUUUACUGUCCCUUAAAACAAGGUGCUCCAGCAGAGGGCAAAGAGAAAUCUAAAGCAAUGGUGUACAAACACUUUUAUUUAACAAACUAUUUCUAACAAAGAUAUUGCUAUGGUUGCUGUGCAAUGCUGUAAAUGUCUGCAUUUACCUGCAUGUUCUAUUACCAAAAACAUAGCAAAACUGAUCUAAAAUUUACCAUUCAAGGUACUCAAAAAUAAUUUUUUCACAUGUCAUAUCUAAACAUUUUACAUCAAUAAAAAUAACAUGGAUGUCA